UUUUCGAGACCGAGCAGAGGACAGUGAGAAUACGACCCGCUUACACGCUUUCGUACGAGCCGUGAUACCCCCAGCCCCCGGUAGGGUUGUCUGCCGAGCGCCUUGCAGGGCCUUGGCGCCAGCCCUCUGUCCCCACGGCGCCCGGAGGCGGCGCCUGGAGCUGUGUGCGCAUUUUACACGGCGGAGCCUGAGGCCGACACCGCCCCCGGCUGGAGUGAGGGGUCGGCUGAGCCCGCUGGACCGGAUGUUCGCCGCCACUCACGGCCUCGCUCCGCCCACUGGGUCCCAUGGCGGCGCCGGCGCUGGCACUGGUAUCUUUUGAAGAUGUGGCCGUGACCUUCACAGGGGAGGAAUGGGGGUAUCUGGACCUGGCCCAGAGGACCCUGUACCAGGAGGUGAUGCUGGAGACCUGCAGGCUCCUGGUCUCACUGGGACAUUCUGUUCCCAAACCAGAGCUGAUCUACCUACUGGAACAUGAGCAAGAACUAUGGACAGUGAAGAGAGGCCGCUUCCAAAGUACCUGUGCAGGUGAAAAAACAAAACCCAAGAUCACAGAGCCUACUACUUUUCAGCUGGCCUUCUCUGAGGAACCUUCUUUCCAAGAACAACUGGCACACAGAUCUUCAAGGGAUUCUAGGUUAGGGCAAGACAGGAAUGAUGAAAGGCUAUCAGAAAGGCAGGAAGGGAAUUUGAGGCCAGGAAUUGUCCUUCACAAGGCAACAUGCCCUGGGAAGUUGAGCCAUAAACGUGAUGAUUUGGAGACAGAUGAUAGUCUGUGUUUAAGGGUUUUACAGGAGCGACUCAUUCCACGAGAUGCUGUAUAUGCACACGACUCCCAAGAACCAAGAAAAGGCCCUGUGGCCGAUGCAAGGGAUAACCCCUACAAAUGCAAGGAAUGCGGGAAAGGGUUUAGCAAGAAUUGGGCCCUUGUUCGACAUCAACAGAUUCAUGCUGGAGUUAAGCCCUAUGAAUGCAAUGAAUGUGGGAAAGCCUGUCGUUACAUGGCUGACUUCGUUCGACAUAAGAGGUUUCAUACAGGGGAAAAACCAUACAAGUGUACUGAGUGUGGAAAAGCCUUCAAACGCAGGUCUCACCUCACAGAGCACCAGCGUAUUCACACUGGAGAUAAGCCAUAUGAGUGCAAAGAAUGUGGUAAAGCUUUCACCCACCGCUCUUCUUUUAUGCAGCAUAACAUGACCCACACUAGAGAAAAGCCCUUUUUAUGCAAAGAAUGUGGGAAAGCUUUUUACUACAGCUCUUCAUUUGCUCAACACAUGAGGAUUCACACUGGAAAGAAACUCUAUGAGUGCAGUGAAUGUGGAAAGGCCUUUACUCACCGCUCCACUUUUAUCCAGCAUAAUAUGGCCCACACAGGAGAAAAACCCUUUUUGUGCAAAGAAUGUGGAAAAGCUUUUUGCCUCAGUUCAUCCUUCACUCAACACAUGAGGAUUCACACUGGAGAGAAACCCUAUAAGUGCAGUGAAUGUGGAAAGGCUUUUACUCAUCGCUCCACUUUUAUCCGACAUAAGAGGACUCAUACUGGAGAGAAACCCUUUGAAUGCAAAGAAUGUGGGAAGGCCUUUUGUGACAGCUCUUCCUUAAUUCAACACACAAGGAUUCACACUGGUGAGAAGCCCUAUGAAUGCAGUGAAUGUGGAAAGGCCUUUACACACCACUCUGUUUUCAUCCGACAUAAUAAGACCCACAGUGGAGAAAAACCCUUGGAAUGUAAAGAAUGUGCAAAAGCCUUUUUCUAUAGCUCUUCCUUUACUCGACACAUGAGGAUUCACACUGGAGAGAAACCUUAUAUUUGCAGAGAAUGUGGAAAGGCCUUUACUCAACCUGCAAAUUUUGUUCGGCAUAAGAGAAUCCACACUGGAGUAAAACCCUUUGAGUGCAAAGAAUGUGAGAAGGCCUUUUGUGACAACUUUGCCCUAACUCAGCACAUGAGAACUCACACUGGAGAGAAACCCUUUGAAUGCAGUGAAUGUGGAAAAACCUUCAGCCACAGUUCAUCCUUCACUCACCAUCGAAAGAUUCAUACCAGAGUUUAAAAGAUGUAGGACGGCCUUCUGCAAGCCUGUUAACCUCAGUCUACUUUUAUGAUUUCAUAGUCUUUUGGCCAGGUAAAUAUUUUACUCAGUAUCUGACAGUUCAUACUGACGAGAAACAUCACAAUUGUCAUCCCUGUGAAAGUUUUUUGUAGGUCAUCUUCACUUGUCAUCUAAAGAAUUAUAUUAAAAAUUGACCCAUCCUAGAGCCUUACACUACACCUGAGAAUCAUCCAGGAGAGAGACCCAGUGGUUAUCAUGCAUUUAGGAAAAUGUUACCAACAACUUUUAUUCAUACUUCAAAUCCACCUCAAGAGUAUUUUAAAAGAACAAGGCGAGAUGGAAGAAGAGACUUAGAAGUGAACGGUAAAAGAAAUGCAUUUAUGGCUUCUUUCCAAUUUCCCUGUCAAACCUAUGACAAUUUGAGGGGGAGGUGGGGUUGGGUGGAGUAUGAAAGAUUAAAAAGGCCUCAUAUCGUUUAUGUGUUUUUUAUACAUUCAGAGUCAGGAGAGUUGGACCAUUGAAGGCAGCUCUACAAACAUUUAUUAAAAGUAUUCUUUGUUCCAGAA